AAGCGCUGGUAAACAAAACAAAAACAAACGAGUCGCGCUUCGGGAAUAGGACGUUUUGCGAUUUUUUUUCUCACGAUUUUAUCAUUUGUAUGUGCUAGUUUUGCUUUCAGAGUCAUCGCGGGUGCUUCAAUCAUGGAUCAACUUGAUAUACGCCAGCUUUCCUCGCUGCUCGGAAGCUGCGAUGUAGAUGAAGAGGAUAGCGGCUACGUGAGCCGAUCUGGAGGCGCGCCGGACGCCAAGUCGGCCGCUCGUCUGGUGGUCAAAUCGGGUGCCGAACUGCAGCCGGCGGCUCCCGCGGCGGCAGCGGAGGAGCGCGGCCGUCCGGCGCCGGAGUCGAUCUGGGAGCCUGACGAGGUGACCGAGGGUGCCGAGCUGGACGAUACGGACGAUCCCCGGCCGCAGCCCGAGUACGAGAUCAACUUCCGACAGGAGGUCGGAGCCGAGGACGUUUUCCUGCAGAUGGGUAACAAGACCCCGGCGACGGCCAGCUGCGGCCUACUGGUAGUCCGCGUCAAACUCCCCGGCGAGACGGCCACCUCGGCCGUGGUGGACGUCCAGCAGCGCCAUCUGGAUGUUCGAGGCGCAGUCUGGAGGCUCAGCCUCUUCCUGCCGCAUCCGGUACGCGAGACGGCCGCUCGAGCGGUCUGGCACCCCAGUGAGGAGACGCUGGAGAUGGUGCUGCCGGUUAGUAGGGAACUGGACGCGCUGAACUUCUGAGCGGAGUGGACGGUGGAUAGACAAGACGCUCAUGAGGGUAGAAUCAUAGCAAAAUGACAGUAGAUUGACGGAGUGCGAGGAUUGGAUCUUGAGUGUAAACGAGUUUUUCUAGUCAUGUCAUAUCGUAAUAAACCAUUAGCGUUCGAUCCACUGCCACUUCACUUUGCGAGACUACCAUCGGUAUAAGUUGGAUAAAUGCAUGAACAUGUAAAAUAAACAAACAUUGCCACACGUG